AUGCCUUCCUCGUCACCUAAAGUCCUUCUGGCACUCUCCGUCUUGACAAUUCUACUGUCUUUGGUCACUGAUGUCACCGCGUCGCUUUUCACUUCGCACAAGAGAUCUCCAAAGGUCCUGGGCUUCGACUUCAAGAAAGAAGUCACUCGCAAUUCGCCACUUCCCAAACGCCUACGCAAGCGUCAAAAGACAGUAACAGCGAACAUCGACAAUGAGGAGAUCGCGUACCUCAUUAACAUGACCGUCGGCACACCGGGCCAACCUUUCAGCGUACAACUCGAUACGGGUAGCAGUGACAUAUGGAUACCAUCGGUCGAAUCCGACGCUUGUCAAGAAAAUGAGCAAGCCUGCCAACAGCUUGGUCAAUACGACUCAACGCGCUCAACGAGCUAUGUCGAUGUUGGCCAAGGUGCGUUUCAGAUCCAGUACCAAGACAACAGCGCAGUCACUGGUGAUUAUAUCAAUGAGACUUUGGCAAUAGGGAAUACUGUGAUCAAGGAUAUGACCAUGGGGCUUGCCAUGCAGGCCACUAGGCCAUUUGGCAUCAUGGGUAUUGGCUAUGAUGCCGACGAGUCGAUCUCAGCCAUGAGCCCAACAGACGUCUACCCGAACAUCGUGGCCCAGAUGAAGGCUCAAGGGUUCAUCAGCACUUUGGCCUACAGUCUGUGGCUCAAUGAUCUUAACUCCUUGACUGGAUCAAUCCUGUUCGGAGGCGUUGACACUGCCAAAUACCACGGCAACCUAAUCGUACUUCCCGUGCAAGCAACCAACGGCUCAUACACGGACUUCACGGUGGCUUUGUCGUCUGUAUCUGUGUUGGAUUGUUCAGGGGCGGUCCAGUUCUCCCAGACCAAUUUGGAUCUGCCGGUUAUCUUGGACAGCGGGACUACUGACGCGUAUCUUCCUGAUAGCGUCGUCAACCCGAUUCUCGGUGGUGUCGGUGUCAUAAAUGACCAAGAUUAUGGCACCAUUGUGCCUUGCGACAUAGCAAAUUCGCCAGCAACCUUAAGCUUUGGCUUUGGUGGGAAUAAUGGCCUGACGAUCUCAGUCGGUCUUGGUGAAUUUGUUACACCGAUUUUCAACGAAGAUGGUGUGCAACCUACAUUCAGAGAUGGGGCAGGGACCAUCUGCUCAUGGGGGUUGAUGUCAUCCGGCACGGGGCCCAUACUUUUUGGGGAUGCUUUCCUUCGGUCAGCGUAUGUGGUCUAUGACUUGACCAACAAUCAGAUCGGAAUGGCCCAGACCAAUUUCAACACUACGGAUACCAACGUUGUAGAGAUUUCCGGAAGCUCCAUUCCUGGCGCGUCCAUAACCGCCUCAGCCGUCACGGCGAGUCAAACCUUUAGCGGCAUUCCUCAAGAGACCGACGCGCAAACCAAGACAGGAAGCACGCAAGCUACCGCUGCGCAUGGCUCGCCGACAUUCAAUCUCUGUGUCUCGGGGACCGGAAAAGCGAACGCGGCUCAAGGGAAGAAGGGAGCCGCCUUUGCCGUUGGACCACCAAGGAUUGAGGUGACGACCGUCGUUACAGGCUUCCCGCCGCCACCGCCCCCCCCCCAUCGCCGACUCCCCGCGCGCGUCCCCGCGCCCCUCGUCGACGACGGCACCAUCCUCAACUUCGCCCCGACCCUCGCGUUCCCGCAGCGCGCCCUCUACGCCGGCGCCCUGGCCCGCUUCACCGGGGCCGACUUCGCGGGCCGCCGGGUUCGCGGAUCCCCACGUCGCCGUGUUGGGUUCGGCGCUGCGGGCGGCCGGGGUGGAGGCGACGGGGGGGGUUGGAGUACGGGGUUCCCGUACGCGGACGUGGGGUCGUUUGUCGGUCUCGCGGGCGUGGUUGAGGGGGUGGGCGUUUCGGCAUACCUCGGCGCUCUGUCGUCGAUCGAGGAUCCGGAUUACCGGACCGCGUUCGCCUCGAUGCUGGGGGUCGAGGCCCGCCAGUCUUGGUACGUCCGAGCGGGGCUUGGGGAGGCGCCGUUUCCCAAUGCUUUCGAUACCCCUCUCGACUUUGAUGUCAGAGCUGGUCUAUCCUCUGUCACCUUUUCCGGUGCAUUCAGCAAUGCGGAGCAGCUUGGAGUCACCCAAGACACGACCGUCUACGCCGUCUUCAUCUCCGGCCUCCUAAAGGUUCGGACUCUCUCCGAAAGCGAAGUCUCGCGGACCUGGCAGUGGCUGACCACCGCUCAGCUGCCCGUCCUCGUACGGAUAGCGAAUAAUGACAGCGACUAUGUGGUCGAUGAAAUCCCAGUUGGCGUCUCAGGCCAGGUAUAUGUCGUGUUAUCAGAUUCCUGCGUCGAUCCCUCGGACGAGAACAUUGUUGCAGGCCCCGCGAUCCUGGAGGCGAGUGUUGUCUCCGUGCACUGA